AUGGCUGCAGCACCGGUGCCGACACCGACACCUCCUGCGGUGCCUCCUGCUGUGGCGACAGCUGCACCUGCUGAUGUUCCGGUGCCUCCUGCUGUGCCGACAGCUGCACCUGCUGAUGUUCCCCAGCCGCCGCCGGCUCCGACUGCUGCAAAUAGCUUUGCUGACCUCUACGACGAGGAGAGAAUGAGCCGCUGCAAGCAGGACCUGUUCUGGCAGUGGUUUCCUGGAGAUGCUGGCGAGACCUGCAUGGCCAUGAUGUUCUAUGGCUACGGCGAGCCACAGAAACUCGACUGGAUUUAG